UCAAUCGAAUGAUUUCCCGAGUGAGACAAAGGCAUUACUUAAGACGAGUAGAAUUAAUACGAUUCAAAUAUUUGCUGGAAUAAAUGUGACAGUAACAUUGCUUGUAAUAGUAUAGAUAUGAUACUGUACUGAAGUGAAACUGUUAAUUGAAAAAAGAAAGAGAAACGUCGAUAGAUGAGAUUAAAUUUUAGUUUUCCUUCGUGUUCGAACUUCGUACGCUGCAGCAUAGACGGUUGCCUGUCGGGACCUGAAGCGGUUGUGAAAAGUCUCGGAAUCUCGGGAAGUCUACUGGAUCGGUUUUGCGUAGGUAAUCGAGCGUCGAAGCCGUCCGCCAUGGUUGCAACGAGAUCAACGGCCAUCCUGAUCUUAGCGUCCUUCCUGGUCGUCGUCUCCGGGAAGAAAGCUGGUAGCAACGAUCGGCCGAUAAUCGGUGUUCUGUCUCAAGAGGUAACGGAAUAUGUAAAUGGACGAUACGAGAAUCAAUAUAAUAGCUACAUAGCUGCGUCCUACGUGAAAUUCGUCGAGGGUGCCGGCGCGAGGGUCGUGCCGAUUUGGAUUAAUAAAAGCAACGACUAUUAUGAGGAUAUCAUGCGGAAGAUAAACGGGGUUCUGUGGCCCGGCGGAGCCUCGACUUUCAAUAAAAAGCAUGGCUACGCCGACGCGGGAAAGAAGAUAUACAAAAUUGCGAAACGAUUCAACGAUAACGGAAAUCACUUUCCAAUCCUCGGAGUGUGUUUGGGAUUCGAACUGUUGACGUACCUGACCGCCGACGGUCGAGAUGACCGAGACAACUGCAAUGCCGAGCGAAUAUCGCUUCCUUUAAAGUUUGAAGAUGGUUAUCGAGACAGUAACAUGUACCGAGCCAUAACAGACGACCUCGUUACAAUCCUGGAAACGAAGAACGUAACAGCCAACUUCCAUCACUUCUGCGUCACGAAAGCGGGGUUGAAGCGUGUCGGUAUAGCGAACAAGUUGAAGGUGCUGUCGACGAGCAGAGCCAACGGCACAACCUUCGUUUCUUCAGUGGAGUCGACGGAAUAUCCGUUUUUCGGUGUACAGUUUCAUCCGGAGAAGAAUUUGUACGAGUGGAUCGAGGGUCGAGGCAUUCCGCACGAUAAGAAGGCGGUGCUAGUUGCCCAGUACUUCGCCAAUUUCUUCGUGAACGAAGCACGCAAGAAUAGGCAGAGGUUCGAAGACUCCGACGAGGAAGUUCGGAGUUUGAUAUACAAUUAUCCUGUGACAUACACAGCACAGAAGAAUAUUCUGUUCCAGCAGUGUUACCUGUUCAAGGCGAACACGACUUUGUAGUGCAAGAAAUAGGAAUACAACGAUAGUUAAGAGCAAGAGUAUACGGCGAAUGAGGUGGAGAUCAAAGACUAAUCCAUGGGGUUGAAUAUAUUAUAGUAACAAUACAAUGAUUCAAGCAUCUUCUCGCCGUUAUACUUUCAUCUGGAUUUAUAUCGUCAUGUGGGUAACAAAUCAAGCCUACCAAUAAAAUAAAUAAAAGAAUAAACGCAACAACAUGUUCACAGA